CCUGCCCCUCUCAAAGAUGGUGACUGUGACACGUCAAUGGGUGGGUGGAGGUGAGGGCAAGACGGCCGGUUCCGGGUGACGGAGAGGGGUUGUAUGUGCGAAAGGCAAUAGCGAUGGCGGCGGGGGCUGAGGCGGCGGCGCUGGACGCCCUGAAGCGGGGCGGCCCCAGAGCCGCCGAGGCGCUUUUCGAGGCUCACACGGCGGUGGAGCUGAGGGCCGUGGAGCGGCAGCUGCGCGCUGACAUCGAGGGGAAGCGAGAGGAGCUCCGGCAGAUGGUCGGGGAGCGCUACCGAGACCUCAUCGAAGCGGCCGACACCAUAGCCGAGAUGCGCCUUAGCGCUGACCACCUGCUGGAGGCCGUGCGGGGGCUGCAACAGCGCCGGGCGCGAGGACGGGCCGGUGGCGGAGUCGGCGGCAGCAGCGCAGCCUCAUCUAACGGCCAACACACCAUGGGACGGCGAGCGAACGAGACAGUACGCCAGUCACAGGAGAAGUUCUACUGCUUGGCAGCACAGAUCCAACUGCUAUUACAGAUUCCUGAGAAAAUCUGGAGUGCUAUGGAAUCCUCUCAGUACUUGUAUGCCACACAGCUGUACCUGCUGUGCUGCCACCUCCAGUGCCUCCUACAGUUGGAUUCUUCUGGUACCUGCUACAGCCCAAUUCUAGCACGCUUCCCUAUCCUUGCACGACAAGUAGCAGCAGCUAGCCAUUUCCGGUCAACAAUCCUACAGGAGAGCAAGUCGCUACUGAAAUGCCAGACUGUUUUGGACCAAGCAAUAGCAGAGGCGUUAUGUUCAGCCAUGCUUCUUGAGGGCAGUUCUCCCCGCCAGGCUCUUGCAGACUUCCUGCUGGCCAGGAAAUCUGCAAUUCAACAGCUUCUGGAUCAGCCCCAUCAUGAUGCUGGCAUUAAAGCGCAGGUCUGCUCCUUGGUGGAGCACCUAGCCACAACCCUGUAUCAAGCUCAUGUCCUCUUCUAUACCCUGCCAGAGGGAAUGCCCUCAGACCCAUGUCUUCCAUGUGGUUUGCUCUUCUCAACCCUGGAUACCAUCACGAGCCAGCAUCCAACAGGUAAAGGUAUCACAGUUCUGAAGGAAGAAACCAAGUUGAGCAGCUCAUUCAAAUACUUGCCACCUUCUGUCACAGAAUUCCAGCCAACACUCAGAAUUCUGGCGCAUCCCAUUAGCCAGGAUUACCUUAAAGACACUCUUCAGAAAUGGAUCAAUAUGUGCAAUGAUGACAUCAGAUCUGGGAUCACAAACUUGUUGGUGUAUGUGAAGAGCCUUAAAGGUUUGGCUGCAAUCCGUGAUGCUGUAUGGGAGCUGCUCACCAGUGAGUCCAUGAGUCAGAAUUGGGAGAAGGUAUGUCACCGGCUCCUUGACAAGCCCAUCUCUUUCUGGGAAGAUUUGUUACAGCAGCUUUUCUUGGACAGAUUACAGACUCUGACAAAGGAAGGAUUUGAUGACAUUUCCAGCACCUCCAGGGAGCUCCUUGUUCUGGCUGUACAGGAGCUUGAAGCUAAGUUUGAUACCUCUGGCCACAAUAAACAUAUACUGUUCGAACAUAGCAUGGCCUCUUUCUUAUGGUUGGAGAAUCCUAAUGACUUGCCACCUGAUGCUGCCUGGAUCAGCGUGGCAAACCGUAGUCAGUUCACAAAGAGUGGGUUGUCCAUGAAGGCUCAGGCUCACAGCCCCAGAGUUCAGAGUUUCUGCAGCGCUCUGGAUUCCAAGCUGAAGGCCAAGUUGGAUGAUCUUCUGUCCUACUUGCCCUCGGACUCCUCUCUGUCUAAAGAUACUCUACACAUGCAGUCUAGGAACUCUGCUUUUGAUAGAUUUGCUGAUGCAGGCACAGUGGAGGAGCUUUUGCGCAGCCACUGCAUCCGCUGUGUGGAUUAUGUGCUGGGCUGCAUUAGGGAAGAGCUCCACCAUGCUCAGGGUAUGCUCCAGGGAUGCACAGAUGCUUUGCACAACCCCAAAAUCAACACCAUUCUCUUCAUGGCACGGCUGUGCCGGUCACAGGGGGAGUUGUGUCCACAUUUGAAGCAGUGCAUUCUGGGUAAAUCAGGUUGCCCAGAAAAUGUGAUAAGGGAGCCCUGGCCUUUGAAAAAGAUCGGAAAAGGGAAAAUUCAAGAGGUGAACCCUAUAAUGGCUAAAUGGCAGGAAUUAAAAGAACGGCUGCUGCAAGAGAGUCUGUCUGCCUAUCAGAUUUGGAGCACAGCUGUUGUUAAAGUUCUGGUUCAGAGUUUCACACAGUCAUUGUUAAAGGAUCAAGCUGGAUCCAUUUUAGCAACAGCCACCAACUGGGAGGAGAUUGAAAUUGAGGAAGAGACUGAGACUGGAAGCAGCGUAAAGUCCAAGAUACGGCUACCUGUCCAGCCAUCCUGGUGUGUCCAGUCCCUCCUUUUCAGCUUAUGCCAAGAAGUCAAUCGAGUUGGAGGUCAUACCCUUCCCAAGGUCACCUUGCAAGAACUACUGAAGAGUUGUAUGACUGAAAUACUCGCUAGCUAUGAAAAACUGUCAGAAGAGAAACAAGAAAAGAAAGAAGGGAAGUUACCAAUCACUCAGAACAGGGCUUUGCAACUCUUGUAUGAUCUUCGGUACCUGAAUAUAGUCCUGACAACUAAGAAUGAAGAUAUGAAAAGCAGCAGAAGCAAGCAAGACUCCAGGGUUGAGAAAGAGACUGACUUUCUGGAGAGCUAUAUAGAUCCCUUUGACUUGGAUGUGUUUACUCCGCACUUAAACAGCAAUCUUAAUCGCUUGGUGCAACGAACCUCUGUUCUGUUUGGCUUAUUAACUGGGGCAGAAAACCAGUACACCAGCCGAAGCAGUAAUUUAACUUCUCAAGAAUUACAUAACAUUCUACCUCUAGCAUCUAGUCAGAUCAGAUUUGGACUGCUGCCACUAAGUAUGUCAAGCUCCCACAAGGCUAAAUCAGCUCUGAGAAACACUGAACAUAAGGCUCAGUAUGAUGCUGACCCCUGAAGAAGCCUUACUGGGAUUCCAGCUGCUGCCCUUAUAAAAGCAGAAGAGAUGCUCCGGCCUGGUUCCCUGUUCAGGCAGCUUGCAGCAGAGGAAGAGGACACAGCAGCAGCACCAUCUUUAUUUAAACUUGGCUGGCUCUCUAGCAUGACCAAAUGAUCCAAUAAAAUGUGAAUGAUUGUA